CGGGUCAGGCCGGUGGCCCUGCGGUCCGCGCGGUGGUCCGCGGCCCGAUUGUCGCUGAGGGAGUGGCCGCCCUCCGGCACUCGCGCGCUGCGCCCUCCGUCCCCGGGGCCCGCCCGUCGGCCGCGCCGCGUCAUGCCAGGCGCUGCUCGGCGCUAGUGCCCCGGGCUGCCGCCGCCCGCCCGCCCGAAGCCGCGCCCACUGUCCAGAGCCAGAGGGAUGGUGGUAGUCACGGGGCGGGAGCCAGACAGCCGUCGCCCAGACGGUGCCAUGUCCAGCUCCGACGCCGAAGACGACUUUCUGGAGCCGGCCACCCCGACAGCCACGCAGGCGGGGCACGCGCUGCCCCUGCUGCCCCAGGAGUUUCCUGAGGUUGUCCCCCUUAACAUUGGAGGGGCUCACUUCACCACACGCCUGUCUACCCUGCGGCGCUAUGAAGACACCAUGCUGGCGGCCAUGUUCAGCGGGCGACAUUACAUUCCCACCGACGCUGAGGGCCGGUACUUCAUUGACCGGGAUGGCACCCACUUUGGAGAUGUGCUGAAUUUCCUGCGCUCGGGGGACCUGCCACCCCGGGAGCGUGUACGGGCUGUGUACAAAGAGGCUCAGUACUAUGCCAUCGGGCCCCUCCUGGAGCAGCUCGAGAACAUGCAGCCUCUGAAGGGGGAGAAGGUGCGCCAGGCAUUUCUGGGACUCAUGCCUUAUUACAAAGACCAUUUGGAGCGGAUUGUGGAGAUUGCCCGGCUGCGUGCAGUACAGCGGAAGGCCCGUUUUGCCAAGCUCAAGGUCUGUGUCUUCAAGGAGGAGAUGCCCAUCACCCCCUACGAGUGUCCGCUUCUCAACUCCCUGCGCUUCGAGCGGAGUGAGAGUGAUGGGCAGCUGUUUGAGCACCACUGCGAAGUGGAUGUGUCUUUUGGGCCCUGGGAGGCUGUGGCUGAUGUUUAUGACCUACUGCACUGCCUGGUCACGGACCUCUCAGCCCAGGGCCUCACUGUGGACCAUCAGUGCAUCGGGGUGUGUGACAAGCACCUCAUCAACCACUACUACUGCAAGCGCCCCAUCUAUGAGUUCAAGAUCACAUGGUGGUAGGAGCAUGCCCACCCAGCCUGGGCACACAGCUCCGCCCUCUUGCGCAGAGAGGUCUUCAGGGGAAGAAGAUACCACCGUUGCACAGUUACUGUGUGGCUGACAACUAUGUCAGGUGGUUCUGAAAGAGAUCCCUCCUGUCAUGUCACCACUUCUUCCAAGGGAGAGACAAAUGGCUCUAAGCUUGUGGGAGCCUCAAUGGUUAAGACCCUUCCUUGAGGAAAAUGGAUAGAAGUUGCCCUUCCUCUGAAAGCAGAGUUUGACCCCUUCCUGGCUAAUGAGUAUCCUCAUCAGGAUGCCCCAUGGAGUCACUUAAUGGAGUCACUUUCAUGGAAAGUCGUUUCUACAAUGAUCUUACUGGCUGUGAACAUUAGGUAUCUCAUUUCUCCCUUAGAUGAAUAUCUUCUUCUAAAGUCUAAAUAUAAGGAAAAACUGACUGUUUUACAAAAGUCAUAGAUCUGAUGUCCAAGCUUUUACCUCCCGCUGCACAAAGCUCCCUCCCCCUCGUAUACACACUGUAACAGUUCAGCCUUAGGAACAAGACAGCCCAUUCCCGAUUGCUAAGGACUUCUUCCUUCACACACUUAUCCUUCCUGAGCAAUGACAUAAUCUGAAGAUCCUGGGAUUCCACCACCUCCAACCGCCUGGAACUAAGUGGAAACAGAACUAUCACGCACCAGGAAAAAAAAUCCAACACAACUGCAGGAAAGACCGAGUUGAACCAUCUUGAACCAUCCAGAAAUACUUCUUAAAAGGGGCCCAUAAUCAGAUUGUGAUGCACCUUUCUCACCCUUCUGUGAUCUCACUAGCAACCUGAAUCACCCUUCCACAAAUUAUAACUUUUAGAAGAUUCUCCUAAUGUAUUAUAAACCCUGUUUCCCCCCCUGUAUUAUGUGACCUUGCCAGAUGGUCUGUCUCCAGUAGGUCUUUGGAAUAGAUGUAUACACACUUCUCUCCUUUAUUAAUAAAAUUAAGAAAUAGAACCCCAAAAGCACCACAAAACUUGGAGCUCAACCUCCGUUAAAAGAAAUUGAUAA